GCCCCUGCGCCUGCGCGGAGGAGCAACGCGCGCGCGGCGGAACCGGUGGCCGGAGGGGAUGUCUAGCCGUUCGAAACGGGAGACGCGGAGCUCCGCCCGGGGCAAGCGGGAUGCGGAGUCCCGGAGUAGUUCGAGUCGGUCGAAGCGGGAGCGAGAUUCGGAGACCACGGGGUCUCGGGGAAGCCCGGUGCGUGUGAAGCGGGAACGGAACUCUGAGCCGCCGGCGGCGCGAGACUACUCAAGCGGGAGCGUAACCGCGCUCGUGCCCGCGCCGCCGCUGCCGGGGACGCGCGUGAAGCGGGAGCGGGAGGCCGACGAGGAUUCGGAGCCGGAGCGGGAGGUGCGAGUGCGAUAUGGACGCUUAGACUCUGAGGACCGAAGAAGCCGCCAUUGCCCUUACCUGGACACCAUUAACAGGAGUGUCCUGGACUUUGACUUUGAAAAACUCUGCUCCAUUUCGCUUUCACACAUCAAUGCGUACGCCUGCCUGGUGUGUGGCAAAUACUUUCAGGGACGAGGGUUGAAGUCUCACGCCUACAUCCACAGUGUCCAGUUCAGCCACCAUGUUUUCCUUAACCUGCACACCCUCAAAUUUUACUGCCUUCCAGACAACUAUGAAAUCAUCGACUCCUCGCUGGAGGACAUCACCUAUGUCCUGAAGCCCACGUUCACCAAGCAACAGAUUUCAAACUUGGACAAGCAGGCCAAGCUGUCUCGGGCUUAUGAUGGAACCACAUACCUGCCUGGUAUCGUAGGGCUGAAUAACAUCAAGGCUAAUGACUACGCCAAUGCUGUGCUUCAGGCUUUGUCUAACGUCCCCCCUCUCCGGAACUACUUCCUUGAAGAAGAGAACUAUAAGAACAUCAAGCGUCCUCCCGGGGACAUCAUGUUCUUAUUGGUGCAGCGUUUUGGAGAACUGAUGAGAAAACUCUGGAAUCCUCGAAAUUUCAAGGCACACGUCUCUCCUCAUGAGAUGCUUCAGGCCGUCGUUCUGUGUAGCAAGAAGACUUUUCAGAUCACUAAGCAAGGGGAUGGCGUGGACUUUCUUUCCUGGUUCCUGAAUGCCUUGCACUCAGCCCUGGGGGGGACAAAGAAGAAAAAGAAGACUAUUGUGACAGAUGUCUUCCAGGGGUCUAUGCGGAUCUUCACUAAGAAACUGCCACACCCAGAUCUGCCAGCAGAAGAGAAAGAGCAGUUACUCCAUAAUGAGGAGUACCAGGAGACGAUGGUGGAGUCUACCUUUAUGUACCUGACCUUGGACCUUCCCACUGCUCCGCUCUACAAGGAUGAGAAGGAGCAGCUCAUCAUCCCCCAGGUGCCGCUCUUCAACAUCUUGGCCAAGUUUAACGGCAUCACUGAAAAGGAAUACAAGACUUACAAGGAGAACUUUCUGAAACGCUUCCAGCUCACCAAGCUGCCCCCGUAUCUUAUCUUUUGUAUUAAAAGGUUUACCAAGAACAAUUUCUUUGUGGAGAAGAACCCGACCAUUGUCAACUUCCCCAUCACAAAUGUGGACCUGAGGGAAUAUCUCUCUGAGGAAGUGCAGGCUGUGCACAAGAACACCACCUAUGACCUCAUCGCCAACAUCGUGCACGACGGGAAACCCACCGAGGGCUCCUACCGGAUCCAUGUGCUUCACCACGGCACAGGCAAGUGGUAUGAACUCCAGGAUCUGCAAGUCACUGACAUCCUCCCCCAGAUGAUCACACUGUCUGAGGCCUACAUACAGAUAUGGAAGAGGCGGGACAGCGAUGAGACCAACCAGCAGGGGGCGUGAGGGGCCACCUGCCUGCCUCCCUCCCAGUGACGAUGGAAGGAGCCGGGACUGGCACAGCCGGGCUGGCGGGGCCUGUCUGCCCCUCUUUCACUCCUCUGUGGUUCUGUCUUCCACUCCGGCUCCUGCCCAAGCCCUCGGGCUGUCUCUUCACGAUGUAAUUGAUUUCUCAGGAGCCCCCAGAAGCCUGAAGGACCUAAGAGAAAGAGGGCGUUGUCCCUCACACGCUUCCUGCCCCAGAAGGGGCCGCGAGCCUUCCGAGCUUGCUCCCCAAGGAAGAGGAUGACCUUUCCCCUUUGGAUAGCUCUGAUUAAACACACGCUGUUCUUAA